ACUCGCUCUCUUCCUCAUGUCCCGUGCAGACCAGUAGGCGGCUCCUCGCGCGCUCUCUGCUCUGAACCGUCUCGCGCUCCGCUGUCCCGGUUGUCAAGGCACCUUCGGUCUGUGACUGCAGCUCGCGCGGCGGUGACAGCUCCCACACCGGCUCCUGUCGGAUUUUCUGUUCCGUCGUGUGGAUGGAUUUGUUUUCACUGGCGGACAUUUAACCACCCAACACUGUACUGAGGCUUGUCCCGCUCUGACACAGUGACUCCAGACAGACUGGCUGAGAGACGCUGAAAAAAAGAAGUGGGCCGAUAAAGAGAUAGGAGGACAGAGGGAGAAGUACAACCUCUCGCAGAGCGGUGGCCAGAGUGACAGAAGAGCACAUGACGAGGGCGACCGGCUUCACAGCAGCAUCCUGACCGGUAGCCUCGCUCCUGCACCCGACCACGCGCCCGGCAGCACCAGCGAGCGGGCAUCAGAAGGAAGGAAACGUGCGCCCGUCCCUCCUGCAGGCAUGGUCCUUCAGUAACGAUGACCGCCAUGUCAUGGCAAAACACUCCACCAUCUACCCGUCCUCUCAAGAGCUGGAGGCAGUUCAGACGCUGGUGUCCACUGUGGAGUGUGCCCUCAAACAUGUCUCCGAUUGGCUGGAUAAGAGCAGAAGUGACGUCGACAGCCAACCAGCAAACAGCACAGUGGAGGACGACCCUCGAGAAGAGCCCAGCGAGGAAACAGUGGAAUCCAGUAACAGCUGCAGCAACAGGGAGCCCAGCAGCAGCGGCGGCGUGCUGUGUGGCGUAAUGAGGAUCGGCCUCGUGGCCAAAGGCCUCCUGGUUAAAGGCGACAUGGACCUGGAGCUGGUGCUCAUGUGCAAAGAAAAACCCACACAGACAUUGCUGGACACUGUCUGUCACCAUUUACCCACACAGAUCGAAAAAGUGACAGAAGAGAAAUAUGAAGUCACAAGCUCCUCGCCUGAGGCAGCCAUCUUGGUACAAACCACGACAGAACCCAAACUCACGCUGAAGGUUACUCUCACCUCACCGACCAUGAGGGAGGAUGAGGAUGAGGAGGAGGAAGAGGAGGAGCAGGAAGAGGAGGAGGAGGAGGAGGAGCAGGAGCAGGAAGAGGCAGUGGAGAACGGGGAGGAUGGAGAAGAAGUGCAGGAGGAAGCAAAGGAGGAAGUAAAGGAGGAAGCGGAAGAGCAUGAGAAGAACGGGCAAGUGUUGGGUGCUGCUGCGCACAGAGUGGAGGCUGAGGAGGAGGAGGAGGGGGAGGUGCUGGAUAGACACAGAUGUCUGUUGGCCCUGGCCGCGCUGCGACACGCCAAGUGGUUCCAGGCUCGAGUGAACGGACUCAAGUCCUGCGUAAUUGUUCUCAGGAUACUUAGAGACAUGUGCAAUAGACACCCUGUCUGGGAACCUCUAAAAGGAUGGCCAUUAGAGCUCAUCUGCGAGAAGGCGAUUGCCACCUGCAACAGACCUCUCGGAGCGGGAGAAGCCCUGCGCCGAGUCAUGGAGUGUCUGGCCUCAGGCAUUCUGCUACCAGGUGGUCCAGGUUUGCACGACCCAUGUGAGAAAGAGCCAACGAACACACUCGCCAACAUGACCGACCAGCAGGCCGGAGCCAUUACCUUCAGAGCACAGCAUGCUCUCAGACUUAUGGCGUUCGGACAGAUCUACAAGGUGUUGGAGAUGGAGCCUCUCCCCUCAAAUAAACCAUCACAGAAAUACCCCUGGUCUGAUAAAGAAGGCUUGGGUCUGAAGAGGCCAUACGAGGAUGGACUUAUGGACGACAAGGACCUCAUUAAGAAGAUGAAGAGGAAUCUGAGGAAAGUCUUGGACAGCAAAGCCAUCGACUCCAACCAGCCAAUGAACGCUCUGAUGCGGCUGAACCAGAUCCGGCCGGGGCUUCAGUAUCGCCUGCUGUCUCAGUCGGGCCCGGUUCACGCUCCGGUCUUCACCAUGUCUGUGGAUCUGGAUGGAACCGUCUACGAAGCAUCUGGAUCGUCCAAGAAGACGGCCAAGCUCCACGUCGCUGUCAAGGUUCUCCAGGCGAUGGGCUACCCGACAGGUUUCGACUCAGACCUGGACCCCAUGAGUUCGGAUGAGAAGUCGGACGGUGAAGGGAAGAGCGACACGUCCUCGCAUACGAGCAAUAACCCAACUCACACCUCGGACAGCUCCAACACACUGGAGGUGCGAACUCAGGGUCCCAUACUGACAGCAAGUGGGAAGAACCCCGUCAUGGAGCUGAACGAGAAGAGACGAGGCCUCAAAUAUGAGCUCAUCUCUGAAAGUGGAGGCAGCCAUGACAAACGUUUCAUUAUGGAGGUGGAGGUGGACGGGCAGAAGUUUCGCGGGGCAGGCCCCAACAAAAAGGUAGCAAAGGCUAGUGCUGCUCUAGCCGCCCUGGAAAAACUCUUCUCUGGUCCCAACGCAGCUGCAAUCAAGAAGAAGAAGAUACUGCCUCAGACUAAAGGAGCCCUGGCGGCGGCAGCAGCGGCCUCAGCAGUAGCAGCUCAGGUCGCCAGAGGAAGAGGAAGAGCAGCACUUGCGAGAGGCCCCUUCGUCAGUGCAGCUGCACCUGGAUACAUGACGCAAGGCUUCGGGACGCCAUAUGGCUACAGCCCUGCUGCAGCAGCUGCUCCUGCAUACGGGGGACUUUUCAUUGACAACCCCUUCUACCAGCCACGGACCCUCGCUCCAUUUAUCAUCCACCUGGGCCCCCAGGAUCUCUUCUCUGAAUUCUAGAGGAGGCAGGUUUUGGGAUUCUCUUGUCACUCUCACACGCCCACCUGUUUUUCUGUCCCUGUGGGGGGGCUGCCUUUCUGACCCCGGCUAACGGACUCACGGAUGCUUAACAGUUUUUGUUUGACCAGUCCACUGGGGGGAAAUAAAACUUUUCAGCAGAACUGUCCAACCCACCAACCCAGAGGCUCGAAGCGCCUCUGUCCCAUUUUCUCCCCUCUCCAUCCAGAUGGUCUCGUCGGAGGAGGAGGGCGACUUUCCAAUAAGCAAUACUCGGAUUUUACGGAAAACGUUCAGCUGUGACUGUGCGAGGCUUUGGCUGAACCUCUGUCUUUCUUAUAGCAAUACAUCUGAACUCGUCUCUUUGAGCUCAACUUACUUGAGAAGAUGUGAAUGUUUGAUGGAGUUUUAACCCAACACAGCAUUGCAAUAGUUCAUUUUGAUUGUAUAUUCAUUGUAUGUGUGUGUACGUGUGGCUAUAACGUUACUAUAUACACAUAUGUAUGGUGUAUGUUUCUAUUAUGAUGUGUUGAUGAUAAUAUUACUAUACGAUGAUGUAUUUAUGUAAAUACUCAAAAUAUAACUAUUGUUGGUAUAAAUUAUUUUAGAAUUAUAAAGUGAAAUCUAACUAAUAUCACAGUAUAGCUUUCUUCCAAUUUUAUAUACACUGAGCAAUUGAGGCUAGUUCUAGAAGAUGCAAUAUUAUCUUUGGUAUUCCUAUUAACCCUGUGCUGUUAGAAUUAUAAUGCUUCCUUCUUUCUUUGCUUCACUUUUCCUCUCUUUGAUGUCUUUCUGAGCACGCUCUCCGAUGCCCGAGGUUUGUUUACAUGGGCUGGAUAAGGAAGUGCUCACACACUCAUAACCUGAUCCACACAAAAACACUUCACAUGUCGGAAAGCACAUUUUCUAUAGUCUCACUGCUGGCAGGGAACACUGCUGUUAUUGUACGUGUGUAAUAUGUGUAUACUCUGAUGUACGUGCUCCUCCCUUCUAACAUGAACGGAUCCGCCCAUCGACACACUGGCCUUAGGGACUCAAAGCACAGCUCUAUGACACCGCUCAAAGCUCCUCCCUGCUGCAAACACAUUCACACCCUCCUCCCUGCAUCCUCCUCUGGCCCGUCGACACUAUGAAGUGAUGCUGCUGGUGGCAGAAACACAAAAAGGCCAAGUUAACACAGUGGGAAGGACACCACACAAACUACUGGCAAACUAAAUGUAAAGCCCGGCUAAGAUUUUAAAGAGCAGGACAUUGAAUUGGAUUCACAUGCUCCUGUCUUGAUUUUUUGCCCAAACUGAUUUCUCCUGUAGCAUUUUCCAGUGGAUUUAUGGGGGUGGACACAUUUCAGCAGUUGUUGACAUCAACUAAAUAAAUGUUUUGAAGCUUAUAUUAGUGUUUUACCACGUGAUGCCUUUGCCACAACACCUGUGCAAAGAAGACCACGGCUGCCUGUGACCAUCUGUGGAAAAGAUACCUAGACAUAAGAAAACUUACCAGAAGCUCCUUCAAAAGCCUUAAGCUCCAUCAAAUAAUCAGAGUAUAGGUCUAUGACAUUAAACUCAUACGAAUAAGAAACAAAGUCAAAGUUUAGUCAUAGUUAUAAGUAGUUUUAGAUUCAGUUCAUCCAUUUCAGUUAGGCUUGUUCUGUGCCUCGUUGAUCAGCAUUGGCAACUCCUGAUUGGUUCCCCUGUUGUUACAUCACUGUUUUAACAACUCAACUCCUCUUAUGUCAAUUUAGUCAGAAAAGCAAAGAACAAACACAGAUGCAGAAACAGCCCCAGCUUCAGUGGAGCUUAUUGUCAUUUUCAUGAGACCCCAUUAUUUAUAAAAGGAAGCUGAUUGUAAAAAAUGUGUUUUCAGAGCCUUUACUGUGCUUUUUAAAUGGAACUAUUUAAAAACACCAGUCACCACAUGUGAGGAAGCAAGACCAGAUUCCGUGAUAAAAAAUGUCUUGCAAAAGAAAAAUGUUGAUACUGACUUUGUAUUUGAGGCCGAGGUUGAGUCAUUUGAAGAUUUGAAGCCUCUUAAUGUCAUUUAUGUCAGGUUUUUUCAUCUUCUUUUCCCACUGACCUCAGCUCCCUGUCACUGUCCUGGUUUCUGCAGAGGGACAUAUGGAAGAGAGAGAGUUUCAGAAAAUUCAUUAUACACAGCCAUUAAUCCAUCUCAGAAAUGUAAUUGCACCAAAGCUGCUACACCACUGCUGCAAAUAAAAACUUAAUAGAUACAGCAUUUUAUUUGCUUAUCUUUGUUUACAUACAGUGUGGAAAUGCACCAGGUUUGAAUAUACCAGAGUAAAUUAGCAGCUUUAAAUUGCUUAAGCAUUAAAAUACUUCUUAUUAAAACACCUUCCCUGACAGUUUUACCGUCUAUGGAUCUUUGCAGAACACAGUUUUGAUUAUUCUCAGCUUUUCCCUGCAGCUUUCCAGCAGAUCUCAGCGCACGUGUAGACGUCUCAUUUCCAAAAACUCUCCAACAAGAAUCUGACGCUGCUUUACUGAGACUUUUCAUCCUCUUGUGGAAUUCACACACAGGUGAAUAACUUGGAGCUCUGCUGUGUUGAAACAGACUCUCCCUCUCUCCAGAUGGCCCACAUUAAUAAGGCAGGCGCAUACCUCGGUGAGCAACCUUUUCAUUUCCCCUCAGACGGAACAGACACAGUCACCCGGGCUACUGACCCUGUCCUCUUGGUCUGUUGGCUGGACAACUGCUCUCAGAGGAAUCGUGGCAGAGCCCAGGGAGACACAGUCGGUCUAAAAGAGGCAGAAGGCAUCUGGUGGGACUUUACACGCUGAUCCACAGCUGACUGAUCAUUUCAUCUUGUUAGGCAGAGGUCCAGAUUGUAUCUCAGAAAAAGGAGGUUCGAUUUUUGGCCCCGUCUUUUGGUUGGUUGGUUUUACAAAAAUGUGCUGAACAGAUUUUCAAAUUAAUUGACACUAGGACGGGACAUCGACCAAGAAGAACCCGUUAAAUUUUAAAGCGUAUCCAGUAGGAUUUUCACUUUCUAAAAUUCCUAGAUAUGAAUAUAAGGGGACUGUUGGUCUACUGGGUGCCAUUCCUAGUACCUUUCCCGUACUGUAUAAGAUGAAAACCAGGCAUCCUUUACUUUGAAACUCCUCAGAGUGACAUGUUUUCCUGAAGAAUGGCCCUGUGGCAGGCUUGGCGUGGAUAGAUUUUCUAGAGACUAAUGGGUGUUUGUGCUGGACCUGAGCUUUCUGACGGAUUUUGUUCCUGCUCCAGCGAUCCCUAGAAAUGUCUCUAACCGUGGCAGCCAUUGUCAACAACCCUUGCAUCCCUCUCCCCUGCAGCUACAGUUUUACUAACACUGCCUGUCUGUGGGCGUUCAACAACAACAACAACUUACACCUGUAACCCAAGAAGCACAAAACAAACACGACCAGCGCACCCACACAUCCUUCUCAGGGCUACCUGACACAUGUAUAUGCAAAUGGCCACACACGUCCGAGCACACAUGUAAUCAUAUAUGUAAAUAUCUCCCCAUUCGGUCCCAGCACAUUAAGACAGCAUGAAAUUCUCUGCUUUGUAUAUAACACUUAUGAUUGUACUGUAUGUGGUCAGUCAUACAUGUGGUUAGGCCUCGUUUGUACUCUAGGAUUUGAGCCAUGUCUGAAAACACACCCCCAUAUCUCCAUUUAUUGUCUUGGUGCUUUACGAUGGGCUGUCUGUAGCACUGUACAAAAUAGGUUUCACUUUUUAGUUUGCUUUUCUGGAAGAACAGCAGAUAUGUUACGAGGGAAGAGUUCAAUCAUCAGAGGACGUUGUUUUUCAGCACCAAACACGGAGGCUUUGCAUGUUUAGAUGCUGCGGUUUGUUCAUUAGAUCGAGUAUGAAGUGUUUUUGCUGCCAGGCGACGUCAGGUUUUUGGACUUUCUAUUAGGAGACCUCGUAAGCUCCGUUUCCCAAAGGCUCCUCUUUAUCUACGCUGCCAGGUCAAAGGUCAAGAAGGAAAUUGAUGCAGAGAUGCUUUUGGGAAAUGGGGUUAGGUUCGCUCUUUAAGACGGAUUUAUCCAGACACCGACGCCUCUAAAGCCUUUGUGACAUAAAAUCUGAACUUCUCGGCAGCCGCAGAAGAGAAACUCUAUUCAGUGCGGGGUCUGAUCUUCACCGUCUAGACAGCUGCAAAAUGUCAGGUGGGUGAAAAAAAUAUCAAAACACAGCAGCUCCUGAAGGGAAACUUGCUCGUUCUUGUAUUAGCGCAGAGAUCAGAGAGAGAGGAGUUUCACAAAGAGCCUGAGAGACACAAACGAGUUCAACUGAGCUCUGCAGAGCAGCAGAAAUAGAUCCUGGAUCACAUUUCAACUGCUGAGGCAAAGUUAACCAGACUAACUGCUGAGCAGAUCGUUUUCUCUGGGUGUGUGCAUGUGAGAGUCGGGUUGAGCUGAGGAAAAUGGGUGUGUGUGUCCGACCUGCUCAUAAACUCCUGGGGAAGGGGAGAUAUUUCACACACACACACAGUCACACUGAGCAUGCUGUUGCAUACUUCCUGGUCACCUGAUUGUUUAAGUCCAAUUUCCUCCUGAUAAACGAUCAAUGCAUCAUUUUGGUUGAGAAUGUACGCUGUACUGUUGAAGUGAUUGUAGAGUAGAAUGUAUUUACUCAUAGAAAGAGUAAACUUACUUUUUGUAGAGAAGCAUAUACAGAAUAUAUAUAUGGAUACAUACAUACAUAUAUUUACACACACACGCAUCUAUAUAUCUUUUGAACUACUUGUGUGUGUGUGUAUGUGUGUGAGUUGUUUUGGGCGCAUCAGCCCUUUUACGAUUUAAUAUUUCUUUCCCCUUUUUAAAUUUUUAUUUAUGAUGCUUUGACAACGGUAGCGUUUUAUGAGUGACAAGUCGUUCCUGUAAAUAUUAUUUUUAUCAAUUUAUUUUAUUUUUGACAAAAGGGGAUUAAAAGAGACUUUUUCAUGAUGCUGCCUAUGAAAUAAUAAAGUUAUAUCUGUCCUCAGAAUCUAUUUGAUCAGAGUAAAUGUUGACAUGUAAACAGUGAGUGUUUCAAAAGAGACCGAUGACAAUGAAUGUGGGAUUAUUUGAAGUCACUGUAUUGAUCAUUUUAAUUGGUAGCAACAUUCACAGCGGAGACGAUCUCUGGGCGUCACUGUUCUCGACAUAUUCUGCUUGAUGAAAUGAAAAUAAAAUUGAG